AGGCAUCAGUGUGCCGCAGCGGACAACAGACAACAAUGUCAAAGAAGAGGACAAGCAGCGUCCCUGUCCACGCUGAGUGACUGGUCAUGGCGGGUCGGUGGGGUCACAGUCCUCGCCCCAGCUCCAGGGAGGAUGCCGGCCCGCAAACAGCCGCGGAGCUCCCGCAACAAGACAGCGGGGCCGCGGCGGAGCCUCUGCGGGACCUGCCGCGGUGGAUGCGGCUCUACCUCUACGGGAUGCACGGGGUCACUCUGGAUGUCCUGCUCUCGUCGCUGCGGGGGCUUUUCCACAACAAGGACCCCAAGCUGCUGGGCUUUUCCUCCCCGUACCUGUGCGUCAUGCACGCGCUCACCCACUUCGCGCUGGAGAAGAUCUACACCCAGAAGCGGUGCUUCCGAGCCCGGCCCGUGGUGUUCCACUUCGUCUUCUACCCCUCCGUGUACAUCGGGCUGCAGAUCCUGAUCGGGAACGUGCACAUGACGGAGCAGGUGCGCGUGGUGUCCGGGACGCAGCUGGCGGUGCACUACAUCCUGGCUCUGUACUUCUCUCAGGUCUUCCACCGAGUUCUGACCCACCUGCAGUACCACCCCUCCUCCACCGCGGACACCCUCUGGAGACGCAUCCAGAGCGGCGCGCGCCCCCGCGGGCUCCCCGGCUUUGCGCGCUUCCUCUUCUUCGGGAUGCACGGCUUCCUGGACGAGGUGCUCUUCACCUCCUUCUUCAACCUGGUGGAGAAGUCCGACCGGACCCUGGGGGGCCACACGUCCCUGUGGUCCUUCCUGAUGUACGGCAGCUGCAGCUUCGCGGUGGAGAAGCUCUACUUCCAGCUGCGCUUCAGCCGCGGCUGGGGCACCCUGCGCAGACUCCCCAUCUACAUCUGCUUCGCGUACGCGUGGGAGUUCACGUGGGGCCUGGUCCUCAGGCAGUUCGGGGCUUGCUCGUGGGACUACUCCCACUACCCGCACCACUUCAUGGGACUGGUGACGCUGCUGUACCUGCCCGGCUGGCUGUGCCUGAGUCUGUACCAGGACGUGCUGUCCGACGUCCUGCUCAGAGUCCGGUGCACCCAUGGAAGGAGUCUGGGUGGAGGCCACGAGGAGCUCAAUGGACAGGUGCACCUCCACAAGAAGACUCUUUAA